AUGGAUGACGAUUUACCGACCGACUUCCAGGUCAUCGUAGUUGGGACGGGAAUGGUGGAAUCCAUUGUCGCCGCAGCAUGUAGUCGAAUAGGAAAAGAUGUCCUUCACUUGGACUUCAGUGAUCAUUAUGGAGGUUUGUGGGCAUCUUACAACUUUGAUGGCCUGCAAAAAUUUAUCAAAGAGGUCAACUCUGACCCUAAUAGACAGCUUCAAGUUUACAAUCUUAAUGAGCAGUGGUACAUAAAUAAGGAUUCCCCGCAAGAAGAAGAAAAGGCCGAAGGAGAAGAUGGUAAGACUGAAGAUGGCAAGGCUGAUCCUCCUAAAAAGAUUUGGAGUCAAAACGACUUCGCGACUGAGUACAGGAAAUUUUAUAUUGAUAUGACCCCAAAGUUGCUGUUUUCUCGGGGGCCGCUGGUAGAACUCCUGAUAUCUUCUAAUAUCGCCCGUUAUGUCGAGUUUCGUUGUGUAACACGUGUGCUCACUUGGCUUAAUGACAAGCUGAUGCCGGUGCCUUGCUCGAGGGCCGACGUGUUCGCUACCGAGGCGGUCAGCAUUGUUGAAAAGAGGAUGCUGAUGAAAAUGCUAACCUCGAUCGUUGGUUACAGCGAGGAGGAAAUGAACAAUGAAUUUAAAGACUGGGAUGACAAAACUUUCAAGGAGUAUUUGACUCACAAAGGGCUGACCCCGAAUUUGAUUCAUUACGUGCUAUUUGCGAUCGCGGGCGGAACUGAUAAUAUGCCAUGUUUGGAGGGAGUGAGGGAAUGUAAGAAGUUCCUCAUGAGCCUUGGUCGUUAUGGGAACACCCCAUUCCUGUGGCCGAUGUAUGGCGGUGGCGAACUACCACAAUGCUUCUGUCGAUUAUGCGCGGUGUUCGGAGGAGUGUACUGUUUGAACCGACCGAUCGACUCCGUGGAGACCAAGACUGUUGAAGAAGGCAAGAAAGUGGUUGUUAUUGGCAGUAAAUCUAAAACGCUCAAAUGCGACCAUUUGGUCAUUGGCAUCAACGAGUGCCCGAAAGAUCUUAUAGUGCCAGAAACAACAGAAAGCACAGACAUAUCCAAGGCUGUUUUUAUAACCAAUGGAACGAUCAUGCCCAGUGAAAAGGAGCCGUUGACAUUGUUACGGUUCCCACCUCUCAUUGAAGAUGGUUCAGCCGUUACUGUACUGGAAGUUGGUCCUGCGACCGGAUCUUGUCCUAAGGGACUUUUCGUUGUGUACUUCAUAACAAAUAAAGUUAACGACGCAGAGAGCGACCUCAAGCCCUACGCCGAGAAAAUCUUCGACAUGUCGGGCGGCGACCAGACUGAGACCUCGGAUAAACCUAAGUGCCUAUGGUCGCUGUUCUACAACGUGCGGGACACGCGCGCGGCGGCGCGCGACGACGCGGCCGUGCACGUGUGCUGCGGGCCCGACGCCGGCCUCGACUUCGACCGCGCCGUGCACCAGGCGGAGGAAAUCUUUAAGAAGAUCUGCCCAGGCGAGGAAUUCCUGCCGCGCGCUCCCGAUCCAGAGGAGAUUGUGUUCGAGGACGACGUCACUCACGGCCCGGAGUUUCAGAGGGAGGACGAAGACGCAGAGGGCGAUAAGGAG